UCGGCCUGGGGCCCUUCCCUUGGCUGAGGAGGAAGAGGAGCUCCGGGCAGCAAUGAAGGGCCUGAGCCGCCUGCUCCGCGCCGGGGAGGAUGCCGCGCUGGGAGCCGUGGCGGCGAGCCAUGAGGGCCUACUGCCAGAUGAGAGAGAAUUUCAACAUGCUGCUAAAAUGAACAAUUUGGAUACCAUGGAAAAGCUGUUUAAAAAGAAUGUUAACAUAAAUGCUGUAGAUACUGUACAUUUGGUAACAACCAGAGAAUUCCAAAAUCCUGAACACCUGCACAGGGAAAGAACUGUAUUGCAGACCUGGCAAACAAAGCCUUCCUUAUUCCAGCUGAAGCGCACAGCGCUCCAUUUUGCUGUUGCGGGAGGCCAUGUGUCUGUGGUGGACUUUCUUCUUCAUCACAAAGCUAGACUUGACAUGGCAGAUCAGCACGGCCUGACAGUGAUUCAUCUUGCAGCCUGGACUGGAAAUCUGGAUAUAAUGCGAAAAUUAGUUAAAGCAGGUGCUGAUCAAAAGGCUAAGAAUGAGGAAGGAAUGAACGUACUGCAUUUUGCAGCUCAGAGCAACAGCAUUAAAAUAGUUGAUUAUUUCCUCCAGGAUCUUCAUCUGAAUGACUUGAACAGACCUGAUGGGAAAGGUAAAAAGCCAUUUCUUCUGGCCUCUGAAAAAGGCCAUGUUGACAUGAUAAAAAAAUUGAUUGCUCUGAAGCUAUUUACAUCUGAAAAAGAUGAGGAGGGAAACACAGCAUUGCAUUUAGCAGCCAAAAAUGGUCACAGUGAAGUUGUAGAAAUUCUGCUUGAAAAAUGGGAGGAAAUAAAUGACCUCAAUCAGAAUGGAGAAACUGCAUUUUACUUGGCUGUUGAGGGAGGUCAUGAAAAAUGUGCUGAACUCUUACUGGAGGCAGGGAGUGACAUCAAUGUUUUAACUCAGAACAAUAGCAGUGCUUUGCAGGUUGCAAUUCAGAAUGGACAUCUAUCCUUGGUUACUUUUCUUAUUGAUAAGAAUAUUGACCUGGUUCCUAAACCUGAGCAGAAGAAUUCCCCUCUCCAUUUAGCAGUCCUCAGUAAUAAUCUACUGGUAGUAAAAAGCCUUUUGGAUGCCAAUCACGACAUAAACUCCUUAAAUCACAGGCAGGAAACCCCUCUACAUCUGGCAGCUGAUCUUGGCAAUGUGGAGUUGGUGGAAGUGCUGCUGAAGUCAGGCUGCAAUCUCAAGACCAUGGAUAAGCAUGGGAAAACUGCACUAGCCACAGCAUCAAGGAGCCAUCAUGCCCUCAUUGUAGAUAUGAUCAUUAAAGCAGAAAGGUAUUUUGCCAUGAAACAGACACAUCUAGCUCAUAGUGGUAAUGGGUCAGACUUCAGCGUGUCCUUCAAACAAGAUCACAGCACACAGACCAAGCAAAUCCGCUCCUCCCUUUGGAAUCUAGCAUACAACCAGUUAAAGCCCCAUGAAUGGAAAAAACUGACUGUGUUCUGGAAGUUCACAGAUGAACAAAUUAAAGCCAUUGAAGAACAAUGGACAGGGAAAAAAAGUUACAAGGAACAUGGGAACAGAGUGUUGCUCAUCUGGUUACACGGUACAUUGCUGGCUCAUCAGAAUCCUGUUAAACGUCUGUAUGAAGAUCUGGUGAAAGCAGGACUUCAGCCUUUAGCUGAGAAGAUCAGAGCUUCAGUUAGCAUUGGCAUGGACUCCAGAAAAUGUAUCAUUUCAUGAGUUCAUCAACAAAACAUGGCAUAUAUGAUGGAAUUACAUGCCAGAAGGAAAGUGGCUUUCAAAUAUCCUUUAGGGAAACAAAAAACAUAUUUUGAAGUUGCACAAAUUUUUCCACUCUAGAAGAACUUGCACUCCUGAAGUUGUUACUUUUUUCUCAAAUGCUUGCUAAAUAGAAAUAUAAAACAUUUAAGAAUGAAUGGCUGACUGGUAGCUUAUAAUUGCUAAGCAAGAUUCACCACUUACAAUUUCUACGUCUGACCUAACACUGAUAAAGUAAUUCUGUACUGGAAAUGCAAAUUAAACUACUUUGUGUUUGAUGUGAAAUGUAAAUAAGAGGUUUUCUACAUGAAAAAAAUUAAAUUUAGUAAGUGAAAGUUAUGUGUAUAAAUCAAUUAACACUGGCAAAUAACUUGACAUCUGGCCUCAUUUGGGAUUCAGGUUUUUAUAAAUUCUUGCUAGGAUUAUGAAAAAUCUUUCUACUAUGGCGUUUGAUUUAUGUAGUGAAGAAACACAAAAAUGUUAUGUGUAAACACCACAUGUGGCUGCAGAAUUUUCUAUCAUGGCAUAACACUGCAUACAUACCCUCAAAAGAGCAUUUGAUACUUAAUACUUCACACAUCUAGCAAUUAUUUACUUAUUUCUUGUUUAUAUCUUGAAUUACUACUUGCUGACUGUGUUUAACGGUUUUCUUAUUACUGAAUACAUUUAAUAUCUGAAAAACUAUGUAAAUGUCUGUUUUAGUGAUCUUCUUUAUAACAUAGCAAUAGUUUUAUCAGGUAAUGGAGGAAUUGAAUUGCCUUUUCUGUUUGCACAUGGCUAGCAUUAUUUUGUGCUGAAUUCUACUGUUUGUACUAAAAAAGUGAUCUGAUCUUAGCCUGAAGUCUUAUUCCAAACUGUCCUCCUGUUUGCAAUCUUCUUUGACUCUGCUGCAGAGUGUCCCAGGAAUAUGAAGAACAGACCAGUAAAUCAUAAAGUUCUGGAAUUAGGGACCUAAAGUACAGAUGCUUGGAUUCAUCAAGUUCUGCAACAUUAGCUUGCAAAAUGAAAAUGUUUAAGAAUUUGAUGGACUGUAGCUCACCUAGCCUAAACUGCACCCUGGCUGUGGAGGACGCUACCCUGCUGUUCUCCAUUUACAUACACUGUUGCAGGAUAUAAUUAAAGUGCAGGUCAGCUAUACUUACAUGCAUAAGCAAGUAAAAGUGUUUGUAAGAAAAAAAAAAUCAUUUUCUCUUGAACAAAGAUGUUAGUAUCAUUGGGAUUAAACAAGAGAUUCAGACAAAAAUGACAUUGUAUCCUUUAUUUAAAAAGUGUGCUAAAGAUUUCUUAAAUAAAAAGUGUUUUUCUUGAUAAUAAAAAGU